CCUCGCUCCCGCGCCCCCACGCAAGCGCACUCUCUCGCUCUCUAGCCGCGCAGCCGAUACAAAUCGUGCGUGCCGGCGUCAGUCACGCCACGCACGGUGCGCGUCCACGCCGAGCGGAGCGGAGCUGAGCAGAGCAGGGCUUUGCUCGACCGGCAAUGGCGGGAGCCUGCUCGUGCGCCGGCCUCCUGGCGCUGUUCGUGCUCGCGUGCAUCGCCGACGCCGCGACCGCGCAGCUGCGGCAGAACUACUACGCCACCAGCUGCCCCAGCGCCGAGUCCACCGUGCGCUCCGUCAUCUCGCAGCACGUCCAGCAGAGCUUCGCCGUCGCGCCAGGCACGCUCCGCCUCUUCUUCCACGACUGCUUCGUCCGGGGGUGCGACGCGUCGGUGAUGCUGAUGGCGGCGAACGGGGACGACGAGAGCCACAGCGGCGCGGACGCCACGCUGUCGCCCGACGCCGUGGAGGCCAUCAACAAGGCCAAGGCCGCCGUCGAGGCGCUGCCCGGGUGCGCCGGCAAGGUCUCCUGCGCCGACAUCCUCGCCAUGGCCGCGCGCGACGUCGUCUCCCUGACCGGCGGGCCGAGCUACGGCGUGGAGCUGGGACGGCUGGACGGCAGGUCGUUCAGCAAAUCCAUCGUGAAGCACGUCCUCCCGGGCCCCGGCUUCGACCUCAACCAGCUCAACGCGCUCUUCGCCACCAACGGCCUCACCCAGUUCGACAUGAUCGCGCUCUCCGGUGCGCACACGAUCGGGGUGACGCACUGCGACAAGUUCGUGCGCCGGAUCUACACGUUCAAGCAGCGACUCAAGUACAACCCGCCGAUGAACCUCGACUUCCUGCGGUCGCUGCGCAAGGUGUGCCCCAUGAACUACCCGCCCACGGCGUUCGCCAUGCUGGACGUGACCACGCCCAAGACCUUCGACAACGCCUACUUCGACAAUCUCCGCUACCAGAAGGGCCUGCUCGCCUCCGACCAGGUGCUCUUCACCGACCGCCGCUCCCGCCCCACCGUCAACCUCUUCGCCGCCAACUCCACCGCCUUCUUCGACGCCUUCGUCGCCGCCAUGGCCAAGCUGGGACGGAUCGGGGUCAAGACCGGCAGCGCCGGCGAGGUGCGCCGGGUCUGCACCGCCGUCAACUAGCUUUCUAUUUCGGUCGUGUGUGCGUGUGCGUGCGUGUGGGUUAGCCUGGGUCGGUAGGGUCGUGAAUUACUUGUGAUGCAGCGCAGAUGCAGGGUGUUUUUGCUCGCGUGUGUGCGUUAGUGUGCUCAUACGCUACGUUUUGUGGUGGGAUUGUGUUAACCAUUCUUUGAUCGGGAUGUGGGAUGGAAUGGGUCUUAACGGAAAAUGGGACUAUUAGUCACAUGGUUACGCUGAAA